AUGUCGCGCACAAAUGUUGACGUAUCUACCCAUACAGGGAAGCUAAUCCAAAAGAGCUCAAGUCAACUUGGCAUAAGUAAUUUGAGGAUUUUGCUGCCUAGCUUUGUUCAUAAUAAUGAAAGACUAGAAUUAGAAAGAUUUAUUUCGUUUUCAUUUUUAGCCGCCCAUGUGAAAGUAGGCCAUGCUGAGUUUCUCAAGCGCUACCAUCUCGGAGAGUGCUUUGGAGGGGGCGGAUUUGGUAGUGUGCACCGAGCGAAGCGGAUCUCUGAUAAUCGUGAAGUAAUAGCCAAAGAAGUCCUAACAAGCAAAGUUCCUUGUUGGUGUUUGGUGAGUUUUAACCUAUUUUGCAUUAGUAUCGUGUAUCGAAAUAACUCACUUGACAGUAGAAUCAUUCCGAUGGAAGUGGUUCUUCUUAAAAUGUGCCAACCAAUUCAAGGUACAGUCCGAUUUUUGGACGUUUUUGACCUCGGUCAAUCAUGGAUAAUUAUCAUGGACCGUGUCUCCGAUUGGACCUGUGAUAUGUUCGAUUUCAUCGGCGAGCGUGGAACUUUGCCCGAGCCUGAGGCGGCUUUCUACUUCUAUCAGCUUGCAGGAAUUCUCCUUUCCUGCCAUGAAGUGGGAGUUUUACACAGGGAUAUUAAAGACGAGAAUAUCCUGAUAAAUAGACGAAAUAAUGAGCUGGUCCUUAUAGACUUUGGCUCUGGAGCCCUCUUGCAAAAUGGGCUGUACAAUGAAUUUGAUGGUACACGUGUCUACUGUCCCCCUGAGUGGAUCUUACAUGGAAAAUAUCAUGGAAAGCCAGCUGAAAUUUGGUCACUUGGUGUUCUUCUUUAUGAUAUGUUAUGUGGCGAUAUUCCUUUCAUAAACGACAAAGGAAUAACCGGAGGCAAGCUUAAAUAUCGCAAAGAUAAUCUCAGUGCUGCUGCUAAAGAUCUAAUUGGGAGCUGCAUGAAUCUAGAUCCAGACAAACGACCCACGCUAGUCGACAUUCUUAUUCAUCCUUGGAUGGAGCGUCAUCGUCCCCCACUCUCUUCUAGACUUCCGCGUUCAGUAGCAGUUUCUCUAGCUAUUAUUGAGGCGCACAAAAACAAUCGCUCCAUUCGCCUGGUAAAACAAUCUUUCCCUCAGACUUCUAUUCAGUGUGACAGACUUACAUACCAGAACUCCGAUGAUCAAAUUGCUCCGAUUUCCGAUUCCUCAUCUGGUAUCCUCACAUGGCCGAAUAUCACCAUUUCCUCGCCCCCCAGUCCACUUCCUCCCUCCACACCCACUGGCUUUCCCUCUACGCCACUAAACCCUUGCCAAUUUCAACCCGAUUCCGAUAAGAAAGCAUUGGAUUCAACUUCUGUCCUCGCUGAAAUGGAGCCUCCUCAAACUGUAAAGUUCUGCUUGGUUCAGUCUGCCGAUCUGACAGAAGCCGACCAAUCUCUGAAUCAUCUAGUGGGAGUUGACAAUCUUUCACUUCCCGUCACUGGUCUAGCCUUGACUGACGAUGCGAAUAAUGUUGAAUUCCACAGUCAAUCACAGACCUCCGAUUCUACCGGGUUUGCUCUUGGUAUUUGCGAAAACCUAAAUGAACCUUGUUCACGCGGCCAAAUCGAUCAUAAACUGGUCGAACUCAAAGCCGAUGAAUUCUCCGUUAUCCCGACUCAUACGACUGCUCCGGCUAUCCCUGUUACUGUUCUUUCUUGCCCAAUCUCAAGGAUACACUCCAAUGGAUCGAAUGCCAGCUCUGGUUAUUACUCUCGUUCUGAUUCCCUCUCCUCAACGGAGGGAAAGAAGUUUGCCCCGACAGCUAGUGGCGGUGUUUGUUCUAGCAUUGCUGAUUGUUCUGUCAGUAAUGUAGUGACCAUGACAACCAGCCAUUCCGGGUCCAUUGCACCCUCUACUGGCGUAUAUGCAGCGCAUUCUACCAUUAAGACAGCCGGGGUCACUAUAAUGUCUACUGGGUCCUCUACUUGUUCUCCAGCAUACCUCCCUGGUUUCAACUUGUCUGGUCAUUCUAUAUCUGCUAGCGCGUCUUUGGGUAAGACCUCUGGUACCACGACCAGCACCACCACUUCUCUCACAGGCAGUAUUGUUCAUGCCACCUCCUUAGCAAGUAUUUCUAUUGGCUCUGACUGGAGAAGAUCUGGAGAAGCAAACAAGUCAUCUAGCUCCACUUCCUCCCUUUCCUUCCCUUGUCCUGCCACUUCUCUGAAUUCAGUUCAGUUCCAAAUAGGAAAUAAUUCAUCGCCGCUUACAUCUGGAGUUGAGAUUAAUGCUGCUUUGCAGUCUGAAGUGUCGGGACUAUCGUCAAAUUUAUUUCAUUCAUCUUCUGCAUCUCUCGAAGCAAAACAACAUAUCCAUCACGGAGACGUAACGCAGCCUGCAUACAUGUCUACUGGACCAGUUGCAGGUCAAACCGGCUCUUCAACUUCUGCAUCAUCAGCGCUUCUAUCGACGUCCAUUUCUUCGGCUGUACAAUCUGGCAAUAUCUUCAAAUCAUCAAGUGGAGUCAACUUGGUUGAUGAUUUUACGCAUAUGCUUACUUCUCAAACAAUUGGUACGCCCAAUAGCCUAGCAUACGAAGGGCUUACUCAUGACUCUUGUGUAUACCGCACCGUUCCAAACGAUGCCCCA